GUAGCUCAGUCGAGGGAAGGGGAUGAUGUAGGGGUUGUCCUAGGAGAAAGGAAAAACAGAAGUGAAAAGCAAAGCCAACAACCAAACAAUGUGAGAAAAUGCAUGCACGCGAAAAUGCUGCUCAAAAAAUACGUAAAAACACGGCGUAAGUUCAAGAUUCUUCUGCUGCUGGCCAUCGUGGGACUCCUGGUGAUCACCAUCAUAGUCCUAGGCUCUACAGGACGCAAUGCAGCCAUCGAAUUGCUCCUGGACGAGCGAUUCAUCGCUCGGGCCUACAGGCCAGGGGAUCAGCCGGAGAAGUCCCCUCAGCCGGCUGCCCUGCUUGAGCCACAACGGGAACAUGGUGUCAUUGUGCCGGAGAAGUAUGACGAACAGAAGAUUAAGGAGCGCAUCAUCCAAAGCAAAAUGGAUCUCAUGAAGCUGCAGCAGCAGCGCGACCACGAAGCGGAACAGUCGUCCAGGACUACCUUGGAUGUCAUUACCACGGCUGUGCAUAUUUUCUACACUGCUCCGGUUCCGUGGUACAAGUCCAAGAAACCACCUCCGCCAGCGGAGCAUCCAAACGAUGUGCCAUUAACAACUCCCAGGCCAGUGAGAAUCCUAAACACCGCCUUCUAUCCAGCAUUGGGAUUGUACAAGCCGAGCAACACACUCCUCUCCCAGCACUUUGAGAACAUUAAAAGCUGCGGGGUUGGAGUGCUCAUUCUGAGCUUUACGGGGGGAAAACCAGCGGAGGCAGCCCUAAUCCAUCAGAUCCUGGACUUGGCUCCGCAGCAUAAUCUAAGCGUGACUUUUGAACUCAGCGUAGCUGGGAACCAAAGUGUCGAGUAUGUGCGCCAGCAGCUGCAGGAGAUUGCCACGUAUGCCAAACUCCCGGGAUUCUACAGGGUGUGGAGUCAGUCGAGAGGUGCCUCCUUACCGGUGUUGUAUGUGAGUAAUGCCUAUAAAUUGAGUGAUAGCCUUGGAAGGCUGCUGUGUCGGACGCCUUCUCUGGUGGAACCAGAUGGAUUAAGAAGGAUUCUCGAUGCCUUCUUCAUAGGACACAUAAGGCUUAAAAGUCAUGCUGAUGUCCUGCGGCGGUUGUGCUUUGAUGGCUUCUACAGUAAACUGCCCAGCAAUGGAGCUGUCUUUUCCAGCACCUGGAAGAACUGGUCCUAUCUCAAGUCGUUUGCACUAUCCUACAAAAUGCUUUUUGUACCCACUGUGGGACCAGGAUUUGCAGAAAGGAACAAGUUUCCACGGCAUGGAGAUAUCCAAAGGCACCGGAGCAAUGGAAGGUACUAUGGAGUAGCCUGGAGGACAGCCAUAUUAAACCAUGUGGGAUUUAUAAACAUUGCCAGCUACAACAAUUGGCCCGACGGCAGCCAGAUCGAGGAGGUCAUGCCGCGCGCUGGAUUCCUGGACUACAAUCCUGGCUCAAGGACCAAAUAUCUGGAUCUCACAGCCCACUGGGUGGGCAACUUUCUCAAGACACGCCAAGAGGCGGCGGCUGCAGCAGCUCCGGCGUCGCCACAGAACUGCUACGAGCUCCUAAAUGGAACCAUUUGCUAAACGCACAGGGCGCGACUUCCGCGAGGAGAUAAUCCUAGUUACUUUAGAAGCAAUAGCAACAAUUGCAGGCCACAAAAUUACUUUCUAACUGUUAACGAGUCUUCUGCUACAUAUUUAUACACUCACAUAACAUAUAUCGUUUUGAUAGUGAUAUUUUUUACCACUUUCGUUUAAUUGCAAAAUCUGAAAAAUAACCUUUUUCUAAAGAGAAAUUAUGUCAAUCAAUUAAUGAAAACUCUUGUAGAAAAAGUAAAUAAGAAAGUAUAUAACAAUUAAAAGCAAUUAGAAAUUUAUAUCAAUUAUAAAAUAGUUAUAGAGCCAGAAGUAAUUUUUGACUAAAUCUAUACUAGCUUUCAAUUACGUAGUAUAUAGACGAGAACAAUAUCAUAACUUAAUGCCAUGCCAUAUUAUGUAGACACCAAAGAUAUUAUCUAUGUUAUAACAUAUAUAAACUACACACUUGUUAAACAAUUGGUACUUAACAAAUUUUAAAUUUAUUAUCGAUACAAUAUAUGAAAACUUUAUCUAAGCUUUAAUAGUUUAGUGCCAAAAAAAAAGAGUAG